CUGAGCCGGACAGGAAAAGCAGAGGUCUUGCAAAGGACCGAGCAGCCAGUGCGGAGAGAGCAGGGCCAGAGCCCCGGGCUGGAGGGAAAUGAGCCAUGGAGCGGGAGUCCCCAGCUGGGGAAGUACCUCUUCCUCUGCAAUGUGCGCUGUGCAUGAGGAAGAGACUUGCCACUUAGAAGAGAGGGCAAGUCUCUGAAGAGUGCUGAGAAAAUGAGCGGUUAGCAUCAGACACCAAGAGCGAGUUCCGAGCAUCAGAAGUCCUCUCUCCCACGCUGACAUGCUGCAUCUGCCACUUGCAUUGCUCGCGGGUCUGUUCCCAGGUGGUGGCAACGGGGAUGGUAAGAGGAACCGGCAGCUGCUCACACGCUAAUGCAGGCUGCAGGCACCCUGCGCACUUGGAUACACGCUGAUGCGGGCUGCAGGCACCAUACAAUUGCACAGGAGUUUGUGAGUCCUGCUCUCUGCAACCCCCUUCCACUCCCCGAAAGUUGGGACUGGAGACCCAGGCCCUGGAAGCACUGCCCGCUGCUUCUUUCCUCUUCACUGCUUCCCCUUGUUUUCUCCGCAGCUUUGCAAGAGCCCAUCUCCUUCCAUGUCACCCAGAUUGCUUCCUUUGCCAACAGCACCUGGGCACAAAACCAAGGCUCAGGCUGGGUGGAUGACAUGCAGAUUCUCGGGUGGGACUCAGAGACAGGAACCCCCAUAUUCCUGAAGCCCUGGUCUAAGGGCAACUUAACUGACGACGAGGUGACGGAGUUGAUGGACAUAUUUCGACUGUACCUUUUCGGCUUCAUCAAAGAAGUGCAGAAACGGGCCCAUGAUUUCCAGCUGGAAUACCCUUUUAACGUUCAGAACAUAGCAGGCUGUGAACUGCAUUCUGGGGGUGCCAUUGUGAGCUUCUUGAGGAGUGCGUUAGGAGGAGUGGACUUCAUGAGUAUCCAGAAUGGCUCAUGUGCGCCUUCCCCGGAGAGUGGAGCCAGAGGACAGAAGUUCUGUGCCUUUGUCAUUCAGUACAAAGGCAUCCGUGAUAUUGUGGGGAAACUCCUCUUAGAAUCCUGUCCCAAAUUUCUCCUGGGUGUCCUUGAAGCAGGGAAGGAAGACCUACAGAGGCAAGUGAAGCCUGAAGCCUGGCUCUCCAGUAGCCCCGGCCCUGGGCAUGGCCAUGUGCGGCUGGCGUGCCAUGUCUCUGGCUUCUACCCAAAGCCCGUGUGGGUGACGUGGGCGAUGGGUGAGCAGGAGCAGCAGGGCACCCAGAGAGGUGACACCCUGCCCAAUGCUGACGGGACGUGGUAUCUGCGAGCCACCCUGGAUGUGGAGGCCGGGAAGGCAGCUGGCCUGGCCUGCCGCGUGAAGCACAGCAGCCUUGGGGGACGGGACAUUGUCCUCUACUGGGGACACCCCAGCUACACCGGCUCCAUCAUUCUGGCCGUACUCCUUUCCUCUUUGGUCUUUUUACUGUGUUUGGCGCUGUGGUUUUUCAGGCACCGCAGGUCUUAUCAGGACAUCCUCUGAGUUCUCAGCGUGUCUCCUCUCCCAUGUGCAAUAUACCAAGAAGCCAGAAACUUACCUUGUCUGACCCAAGAGUCAAUUUUGUAAUAAUUAUUAAAAUAAUCAUUAGUUUGUUUUGUAAGAUAAGUCAUAAUUUAUGUCACCAGGGAAACAAAUAUAUGAAUCUAUUGUGAGAUGAUAUCAAUAGUGGGAUCCACUCAGAUUUCUUCAUUUAUUAGGGACAAAUUCUAUCUUGGGGCUUUUGUUUGUUUUUUGAAGUAUAAUCUCACUCUAUCCCAGGCUGACUUGGAAUUCACUCUGUAGCUCCAGGCUGGCCUCAAACUCACAGUGAUCCUCCUACCUCAGCUUCCCGAGUGCUGGAAUUAAAGGCAUGCACCUGUAUGCACAGCUCUGAAUUCUGCUUCUUGAGAUGACAAAGUGUUCUAAAUCUUUUUUUUUUUUUUUUUUCCCGAGGUAGCGUCUCACUCUAGCUCAGGCUGACCUGGAAUUCACGAUGUAGUCUCAGAGUGGCCUCGACCUCGUGGCGAUCCUCCUACCUCUGCCUCCCGACGGCUGGGAUUAAAGGUGUGUGCCACCACGCCUGGUUUACAAAGUGUUUAAAAUCUUUAUUCUGCAAAUAUUGUUUCAUAUUUAUUGAUUUUCAAAUGACAAUGUGAACUUUUGUUUCCAUAGCCUACCUGUCUGUUCAGAACAUGUGUGUGUUGACUGAGUUUAUUCUGUGUUCAUUCAGUAUUGGUAUUAAGAAUUUUUGAGCCAGACAUGGUGGAGGAGGCCUGUAAUCACAGCACUCGGGAGGCAGAGGUAGGAGGAGAGCGAUAACCUACCUCGAAAAA